CCCAUAUGUUUCAACAACAUCCGCUCAGAAAAAAUGUGGAAGACACGAGGGCCUGUCUGAGGUAAAGAAAACGUAAAGAUGGUGAGAAGACUGAGAUUUCACGAGAAGAAACUUCUUAAGAAAGUCGAUUUUAUAUCAUGGGAGGUAGAUAACAACUUACACGAGGUCAAAAUACUGAAGAAGUAUUACAUACAGAAGAGAGAAGAUUACACGAAAUACAAUAAGCUUUCAAGACAUGUAAGAGAGCUGGCAAGAAAAGUUAAAGAGUUGGAUGUGAAAGAUCCAUUUAGAGCUGAAGCUACUUCACAACUGUUGGAGAAACUAUACAAUAUGGGUCUGGUAGAAACCAAGAGAGGUCUGGAACUUGCAGAUAAUGUGAACGCAUCCUCCUUCUGUAGACGGAGGUUACCAGUAAUGAUGGUCAAAAACCACAUGGCACAAACACUGAAGGCAGCCACCACAUUCAUAGAACAAGGACACAUUAGAGUCGGCCCGGAGGUUGUUAAAGAUCCGGCUUUCUUAGUCACAAGAAAUAUGGAAGACUUUGUAACAUGGACCGACACAUCAGCCAUUAAGAAACAUGUUUUGGAUUACAAUGAAAUGAGAGACGAUUUUGAUCUGAUGAACUGAAGGCAGAUAUUUUUGAUGUUAUAUUAUCAUGCAAAUAAACAUGAUCUGUUUUUAUCA